GGCAUUUCCGAGAAGUCGAUCUUUAGCCGUGGUGUCGGAUCGUUUGCGUGAUUUUCACUUGUUGAGUCUAUCGUGCAUUUUAUGUUGAAAAUAGAAAAAAAAAGUGAAGUAGGCUGUUCUAUCAGUAAUACAGUACUCGUUUGCUAAUCGAUUGUACCAGAACCGAGCGAAAAGCUGGAUCAAGAGCAGUUCAACCAUCCAAGCAUCCUGAUGUUAUCGUCGGUUUGGACGUCCCUGGGUAAAGAGCAAGGUUUAGCCAGGGCGCUCAAGCAAAAAAUUGACGAGACAUCGACUCGCAGCGGAAGCAGCCAGCGCCGUAAGCCGAUUCCCCCGAAACCACCGCGACGCAAGAACCAGCAGCAGGAGGUUCCACCAUUCCAAAAUCGUUCCAUCGUAACUGCCAGCCCUUCACCAGCAUUCCAUCCCAAAGCGACGUCGUCGAUGACUACACCAACGAGCCAGCACAUAAUGGGAGUAGCGGAGAAAAACCGGGAAGAUCGUGAACAUUGCGACGAUGAGUGUGCCCAUAAGAUAAUCACAAAGGCAUUUCACUUUCUUACGCGGCCUAAAAGAGGCCGAGAUAUGACUGCCAGCGAGAUACUGGAGUGCUAUCUGGAGCGACAGCAAGCUCAACUGGGGCAACAGAGCGCGGUGGUGCUAGACAUGAAUACUUGCAACAGCAGCUUCACCAGUACCCUUACCUACUUUAGCAAUCUUGACACAACGGUGCUUGCUGGUAAUGACGAUUCAAAGAUCGGACUGUCAGGGACGCUGUUAGCUGCUGAGGAACAACAGCAGGAGCUGACGACGAAGACAAUCGCUCCGGAUACGUUUGGUGAUGUGCCGGCAAAGUGGGUCCAGCAUCAGCCCAAGCACCGGGAGCAGAAGCUGCCCAAAGGCAGGCACACCGGGCUGCACAACAGUUAUCAAGAGGCGAUGAGGGAAUCGCAAGAGGAGAUUCCGAUGAACGGUCAGCAGCACAUCUACGAGCCGAUUGUGAUACCGUCGCAGCCGCAAAUGAUUUCAACGCCAAUCGUUACAUCUACGACUUCCGGCUGCAACCGAGAACACCGUUGGCACAACGUGUGGCGGAAGCUGAAGCAUAUCUGUCUGUCGCGCCGUAACCGCCGCCAGAAGAACCAACCGACCGUCGACGAGCAACCACGAACCAAUCAGCAGGUUCCGAGCAGUACCUGCAGCAGCAAUAAUCUCCAUCAGCAAGCGACACUGAACACCGGGCUAGGUAGUCGCUUUGAUAGCCACCGACAAUCGAUGAAAAAGAGCGCCAAAAAUCGACCCUUCAGAUUUUAAGGUACGUCUCCAGAUAUAUAAAAUGGCACCAGGAUGUGCUGUGAAACCGGCUAAUGUACUGUGAUGAAUAAGGCCGGCCUUGUUAAUCGAAGAUUAAUGGAUAGUUUGCGACCAUCCGUUCGAUGUUAUAUUUAUAUUUGCGUACUACUGAAUGGUAUGAAUGAUACGUUUUCUUCUACAUUAGUAUAUGCAUAUAACCAUCAAUUUUGAGCGUGGAUCAUAUACGGCGGACCGUAAUGCUGAAUGGUUGCAUGUAAACCUCUUGAUGCAUAUAGCGCUCUUAAGAGAUACUAACGAUGCAGAGUGCAAAUGUGAAACGCAAUGAAUAAGAUCAUAUUCUAGCACUGCAUGCGAGUCGUAGCAACUAGUAGUUCCGGUCCACGUACUGGCACCGGUAGUACUUUCGAAACAACACAGACCCAAGGGAUACGGGAUAGGGUUUGCAUGUUUUAUGGCAAUUCAAGUGGCCCAUUAUGCCGAUUGAUUCGGCGGUAGGUUUUGAAUGUUUUAUAUUCAAAUAUGUGGCCCAUUUUGCCGAAUGAUGCCCGUUAGUGAGUUGAAGAGUAAGGCGCUUUUAUGAGACUUCCACGAUUCAUAGCGCUAUUGUGAUACAUGUAUCUGUGAUAUAUGCAAAAGUAAAAUAUAUCCAACAUGUAGUUGGAUAUUUUCAGAUCCUAGCAAUACACGCAAGCCGUGAACAAGUAGUACCACCUAGCGGUUUCGGAGCACAUACCGGCACAAGUAGUGCGUUGGAAAGGAUGUAGGCCGAACAGAGUUACAGGAUGAAAUUUGAAUGUAUUGCAUUAAAUAAGAGGGACUGUACCGUGCGUCACAUUGAAUUAUUUCCAUGGUCAUGUGAACGAUUGUCUGACUGGGACGAUUCUAAAAUGAAUUUAUUAUGAGAAUGAUUAUGCGCAAAACAGUGAGCAAAAACCAAAUCAAUGUAAACCAGCCAUAUCUAGGCGUUCGAAUGAGCUAAUAUUUCAAGCAACGAGCUCUAACUUCAACUGCCUUCUUUUUGACGCGAUAUCGUUUCCCCAUAUUCAUAUUAAAAUCCAGCAGGGCAAGGCUUAACGCUCCUCAGAAGGCAAGCGCAUCAUGUGGCAAUUGAACUGACUUGAGUUUGACUUGGGCAUUUUGCUGUACAGAUUGUGUGCCACCUUCGUCGCCCUAGUACGUGUUACUGUAAUCGUGAAAGCGAAAAGAUUCAGCAGGUUUUGAUGAUUAUCUAUUUAUUGCAAAAUUCACAGCUUCGUAGAUUCUCUGACAAAUUCGAAAGAAGGAUACUCAAAACCGAUAGUUUAUAUGAAGAAGAUUAAUUUAAAAUAUACCAACAAACUUAAACAGCUGUAA